AAAGUGUGAUUAUUUUCAAGAUCCGGCAACGAUGCUGUCAACCAUAUGAUCGAUGUGUCAAGCUGUCAUUGGAGAUGGCAGGCAGGGCUUUCCGCGUUAAAGUACAGCUAGACGUACACGCGAUAACGUGUCCCGGAGUUUGGUUGUGUCCCAAUGGCAAAGUGGCUCUGCGAUUCAACGCGCUCGACUUCUGCGCGGAAACACGCAGAAUAAGCCCAAUUUUCCCGCUGCUAUUCCACGACACGUUCACCUUCAGCAAGAUCUUCGUUCGAAUAGCCUCCUUGGCGGAGCUGCAGCGUACUUUGGAGCGGGAGUUUCUGUAUGCGGAACUAAUACAGUGGACGACACCGGCACACCGUCGAGGCAUUGCCCUGGCCACGUUCGAGAUAAGUCUAGCGGAUUUACUGUAUCCCGCGCCAUGCUUCAAGGGUUUACUGGCUGGAGUUGAUGUAGAUCUAUUGAUGGAGCCGACCAAAUGCUUUCCCGGUAUUAUAGCGCCCAAAAUCGAGGUCUCCACCAAAACGGUUGUCGAGGAAGUGUCGGGCUCCUAUGACACAAGUAUGAGCAAAUGUUAUGUCGUCAAUCCAAAAAUGAUUAACUCUAAGCAAACAAUGUGCGGGCAGAGAAAAAGGCCGAUCAAAGGUAUUAUUAGGCAACGAAGAGUCUGUCACACUAAGCCGAGAUCUCAGAGCUGCCGACCAUAUCGUCAGAGAUCUAGCAGUGUCGGCGAUUCUCACCAUUGUGAUACCACGUGUACCACGAACCAUUGCAUCGAUCAGUGUUAUCAUUCAGUAAGGAAGAAUUCUCCAUGUAUUCGAAAGCAAACCGAAGCUGCCGUGAUAUGCGACGAUAAUAUUCAUGUUACGGACAAUUGUCCAGUUUGUUUAAAGUAUAAUUGUUACUUUUCUAAAUGCUACGACGAUUCGGAUAUAGCCAAGCAAUAUAUUAAGUGUCGAUGUCACAGACAUUCGUCCAAUACCGAAGAAUGCUGCUGUAUUUACGGACCGUCCGAUGCGCGGGAAGAAGCGACGGUGUCAUUAUUACAAUCCAAAAUCAGAAAUCUUCAGAAAGCUAGAGAAAAAUUGUGCGCUACUGAAACUAUGGAUAUUGAGGAAUGCGAUCCGAGUUGUGAGUAUACUCGGGAUCACUCCCGAAGUCACGAGUUUUACAAGGAUCUAGAAAAAUUUUAUAAAAGGAUGUACAAGCAAGCGAAAAUACGAGCGCGGGAGGUCGACGAUUGAAAUAGAGAAAAAUUGUCGCCGUUUAAAUCUAAAAUUUUUUCUAAAGAUUUUUAUAUGAAAUUUGGAAACAUAGGUCAAUCGAACGUUUUAUAUACCCGAUGUUCAAUGAAAGAAUUUUCACUGGAAGAAGACUAGUUGAUUACUAGUGAUUAAUUAAAAUAAUUAAUUGACAUAUGCUAUGCGUGCACAAGUGAAAUUGUUCAAUAAUUAACAUUACUUCAGAGAUACGAGUAUAAUACAUGAUGUGUUCUUAUCUUUAUCAAAAUAGCAGUCGCAUGAAAUAAAAGUGUAAAAAUUGAUUACACAUGUAAACGAUGAAAUAUGUGUGUGUAAUGUAGGGAUGUGAGGAAUUUGGAAUAUAUAUAUAGAAAAUAA